CCUCCCGUAAGAAAGUUUCUGUUUUCGAAGAUGUUUUCCUGAUGUUUGCUUUUAACUUUUAACGAUAAAGAAAACACUGCGAUGGCGGAAAACGGGGUGAAAAGAGAGGUAAGUUUAUUAUUAAAGCAAAAAUCAAAAGUCCUGCAAAGUUUUUUUCGUGUGAUCGUCGAAGAUUGUUUUUCUUUGUUCGCCGGUUGUUCGAUAUUAUGCAUCCUACGCUCUAUAAAAGCUUCUAAAAGUUCAACUACUCAGUUUUGUCAACGAAUUCAGUAAAGGGCUGGAAACGUGCAUUUUCUUUCCCGUUCAUCUCGCACCCCCAUUAUGCUUCUAAUAAUUUAGGAAUAUCGUCAAUGUGAAUUCAUUGGUGCCGGAUUCAAUAUAUUUCGUUGAAUGCUUGGUUUUGUUGGUAAAUAAACCAAAAAGAAUGACAAUGCAAGUUGUAUUUAAACAUGUAAGGUACUUUCUUGUUCAAUAUUGUGCGAAAACCUGAAGUCUUAAAUAAACAGAACAUGGUGGACACAUUUUGGUUGUUUGCAAGAUUGUAUUCUUUUGCUUAAGAGAGAGGUUUUCACUUUUUCGAAUAAAAUCUUUUUUCUACAACAACAACAACAACAACAACGACAACAACAGUUUUAUUAAUAAGCAAAGAAAUACAUUAAACAUACACACUGCCUGCAUUGAUGUUAAUUUGAUUUUUAUUUUUCCUAACGUCUAUUAAACAUGCCUUCUUUGCAAAUAGCCAGAGAAAACAGCUGACACUUCAUAAACCCACAAACGGUUUCCCCGCUACAUGAUGUCUGAUGAAUGAGCACAGAAAUUCCAUACAGUCAGACCUUGGUUAUCUGGAUCUUGAUUAUCCAGACUUUUCGUUUAUCCAAACUUUUUUCCCUGGUCCCAUUUUUUUCAUGAAUAUUGGAGAGAUUGCCAAACAGCAAACGUCAGAUUCAAGUUGAGACUUUCUCAGAAUAGAAAAUAAGCAGAUAAAAACUGUCCAGAACUAUUCUUAUGUAUAAAACUGGGAUGAAACUACUUAUUUUUCGGUUGAAGCAUGAGAGGACACAGAGGCUUUUUACUGGAAGUACCAUCCCACGCAGGGAUGUUUUCUCCACGGGCAGCUAAUCCGACUUAAUCCCAUUUAAUAUGUCGCGCUCCUUGAAAGUGCAAAAAUUUUCUUGUCGUGUAUUAGAUUUCAGAUACAUUUUCUUAAUCUUCAUUUCGCGCCAGAAUAAAUUAGUUUGCGCGCAAGGGGCUCCGAAAAAAAUCACAAGGGUUGUCCUACUUCGAGUCCACCUUCUGGAGAUAUGCCGGCUUCAGUGGUAGCUGGAAUACAUUGCCGAGGCGAAGAUCUGGCAUUUUUUCUUCCUCGUCGUAUUUUAUUUUUGUAGUGAGAAUGCAGCGCAUAUCGGUGGAUUUUACUUCAUGCGGCUUGCUACUUCUGAAAGAAGAGUGCCGGAUUUCAUCGUUUUGUUCAUGUUUAUUAGUGUUGGCAAAUGUAAGGUAAAUGAACCAACCACUGUAAGGUAAGAAUUGAAGUUUUAAAUUUGUUACUCGGCGAAAAAUCGUGGAAUUGGAAUUCGUGAAACUCGUGAGUAUUACCUCUGUUACCUAAUGUCAUGCGAUGACUCCUCACUUUUUCGAUGCGUAACACGGAUACAAGCGAUAAAUUUCUUUCGCAAAGUGAAGUAUAAUUUACUUAACGAGACCAUUUGACGAAUAUUUCUCGUUAUAUGCUUUAUUCAUAUUUGCUUGGCUUAUUCAGGCUACAUGCCAGGAGUUUGAUGACAAUGUUUGUGUGCUAUAAUUAUGCUGAUAAGUUUUUGCACCUUUAUAUUGAAACUCAUGGAAGCCAAAUGUUUGUUAACUCUAGCAAAACACCCUUCUAUUAUGGAGGAACUUUUAACGUCUUUCAGGGCCCUAAUAUGGUGUCAAAUUUUUAGGGGAAACAAAGCUUGAUUUUUGGCCAAACAGACUAUAGCUAUUUUGUCUUUGAAGAGAGUGCGAGGCAAACGUCCAUGAGUACAGUGUAAGCCAGUGAUUCUUUAGGUAGAGCUAACAAACAUAGGCUUCACUUUAGGUGGCACACCCAUGGGUGCAGUGUAACCCAGUGAUUCUUUAGGUAGAGCCAACAAACAUAGGCUGCACUUUAGGUGGCACACCCAUGGGUGCAGUGUAACCCAGUGAUUAUUUAGGUAGAGCCAACAAACAUAGGCUGCACUUUAGGUGGCACACCCAUGGGUGCAGUGUAACCCAGUGAUUCUUUAGGUAGAGCCAACAAACAUAGGCUGCACUUUAGGUGGCACACCCAUGGGUGCAGUGUAACCCAGUGAUUAUUUAGGUAGAGCCAACAAACAUAGGCUGCACUUUAGGUGGCACACCCAUGGGUGCAGUGUAACCCAGUGAUUCUUUAGGUAGAGCUAACAAACAUAGGCUGCACCUUAGGUGGCACACCCAUGGGUGCAGUGUAACCAAGUGAUUCUUUAGAUAGAGCUAACAAACAUAGGCUGCACUUUAGGUGGCACACCCAUGGGUGCAGUGUAACCCAGUGAUUCUUUAGGCAGAGCUAACAAACAUAGGCUGCAUUUUAGGUGGCACACCCAUGGGUGCAGUGUGACCAAGUGAUUCUUUAGAUAGAGCUAACAAACAUAGGCUGCACUUUAGGUGGCACACCCAUGGGUGCAGUGUAACCCAGUGAUUCUUUAGGCAGAGCUAACAAACAUAGGCUUCAUUUUAGGUGGCACACCCAUGGGUGCAGUGUAACCCAGUGAUUCUUUAGGCAGAGCUAACAAACAUAGGCUUCAUUUUAGGUGGCACACCCAUGGGUGCAGUGUAACCCAGUGAUUCUUUAGGCAGAGCGAACAAACAUAGGCUGCAUUUUAGGUGGCACACCCAUGGGUGCAGUGUAACCCAGUGAUUCUUUAGGCAGAGCUAACAAACAUAGGCUUCAUUUUAGGUGGCACACCCAUGGGUGCAGUGUAACCCAGUGAUUCUUUAGGCAGAGCUAACAAACAUAGGCUGCAUUUUAGGUGGCACACCCAUGGGUGCAGUGUAACCCAGUGAUUCUUUAGGUAGAGCUAACAAACAUAGGCUGCACUUUGUUAGGUGGCACACCCAUGGGUGCAGUGUAACCCAGUGAUUCUUUAGGUAGAGCUAACAAACAUAGGCUGCACUUUAGGUGGCACACCCAUGGGUGCAGUGUAACCAAGUGAUUCUUUAGGUAGAGCUAACAAACAUAGGCUGCACUUUAGGUGGCACACCCAUGGGUGCAGUGUAACCCAGUGAUUCUUUAGGCAGAGCUUACAAACAUAGACUAUACAGGUGUACAUCAGAUAGUAACAGUUUUCCAGUUAAAACUUUGUCAUUAAGUGCUACACCAUGGCACUUAGACUAUUUCAUUAUCACGCUUGUUUUGACGCACAAUUGAUAGUCAGGAGAAGUCGUAUUGUCUAAAACCAUAGCAAAAGACAAAUUUACACACAUCACAGCGUUAAGGUAAGGUAAUACACGGUAUUUCCUUCAGGUACAUUUACAUUUUCUGUUAGGUUAUAAGCGAUUAAAUCGCAUGCAGCGAUGAACAAAACGCGAAGCCGUCAGAUAUUCUAGAACCGUGUUAUUUACAGUGCUGUGCAUUAUUAUUGCUUAACUAACUAACUACGCGCUGAUGGAAAUAAGUUUCGGCCGCUUUAAAUUUUGAAACAAUUCACUGGUACUGUAUAGUCAUAAUUGGAGCGGAAAGUUAGCACGCGAGCAGGGCGAUUCUGCUGUGGUUUCUGUAAUGUAGAAGAUAUUACGGCAAUGAAGCUCCCGAGGUCCGUUCCGGAAAUCACAACUACAUGUAGUAUGAAAUGUAUUCUGCGUGCAGACGUCUCCUUUUCCAGGUUAGGUUAAAUAAACCGUACCAACGGUUUGUUUAACAAAGCUCCCGCGAGACGGUUUCUGGGUGAUUUUAUUAAUUUUUCCGAUCCAUUUUUUUUCAGCUCUAUUUUCGCGGCUUUUGCGAUACAAACUAAAUUCAUUUUUAGUUGUGAUGGCAUUACACUGCUUAAUCAUGAAGGCUUUGGAAGAAAUUGAAUAUAUUGCGCUUCGCGAUUUCGCAAAAUCGCUGCGGGAAUUAAAAAAUAUUUUCUUCCAAAAAAGCGUUUUCACGCUUCUUACUCUAGUCAAUUAUAUCUUUUGUCUCGUUUUCUAAAGGUCCUUGAGAACAGAAUAAGACAAAAUUUUAUUACCUACAACCUAAAAACCUGAUUUUUGACCAGAUUGAAACAAAACUGACCUCUGAAAUGGAAGAAGAAAAGCCUUUUAUUUUUGCCGGCUUCGGCCUGCCAACGCCAUCGUGUCUGUUUUGCUUUCAUAUGAUGACAUUUUCCUGACAGAAGGGUGUCGGGAAAAACACCUCGCGCUGAUCAUACGCGACAAAAUCCGCCGCGCCUAAGCUAAUUAAGAAAAGUCUCCUCGAAAGCUCCAUACAAUUCCUUAUAACAAAAUUAUAAGGAUUUGUAUGGAGCUCUCCGGGACACUUACAGUGCAAGCCCUGUGUGUCUUCUCAUGAAUAAACAGUUAACGGAAAUUAAGGGAAAAACUUUGUCACGUGGUACAAGUUCAGGUUUGCUGUUUGGUGUUAACAUGAGUCUUGAUCUCUCUAUUAAUAAGAUAUGAUCUUGAAAAAUUGAAAUGAUUAAAAGUUCAAUAAUCCUUCCACGUUGGUUAUGUAAACACAAGACCAAUCAAUCUAUUGUAAACUCAAAUCUCAGCCAUGUCUACGCAACAAAAGCAGUCCAUUCUCUUGUUAAAGGAUUAGCAAACGAUUAUGUCACGUUUGGGGAAAGGAACAAAUUUAGCACCCAAGUUUGAAAUCAGCAAGCAGCAGAUCUCAGAUAUAAGCAAAAACAAAGAUGAGAUCCUGAAAUUCAUUGACAGCCUCGAGAUGAGCGAAGGAGUUAAUAAAAAUACAUAAAUACUUACAGUCCAUACAAAAAUUCAAGUAGGAACUAAUUCACAACAAACGUUUGUUUUCUUCAUUCCCUAUGUUUACAUUGUCUCAUUAUAUGAAUUCAUAUUUUCAAUUAUCCGGACUCUCGAUUAUCCGAACCAUUUACUCAAGUCCCAAAGAGUCCGGAUAAUUGAGGUUUAACUGUGCUGUCACUUAACCUAGAUCUGGGUAGUGCAUCUGAUUGUUCAAAGCAAAUUUUAGGCAAUCAGAAGCACUACCCAGAUCAUUUUGAUGCUAUAGAAUUUCUGCCAGUAUUCCUCAGACAUCAUUUCGCUGGGAAACUAUUGAUAGCAUUACAAGAUGUUAGCUGUUUUCUCAAGCUACUUGUAAACAAUCCAUUGUUUAGUGCUAGCUCCUAUCUAAUGUACCUUUAUAUCUGCUCAUAAGGAGGUUUUUUCAUGAAUAUUAGAGAGAAUAGAAUGGUUUAAUUAAAAAUACAUGAAUGAAUAAAACAUAAACAUGAACAAAUAACAUUUACAAAAUCAACCACUUGUAACAGUUACUGGUAUAUAAUAUAACUGCAAAACUGAAUCAAACUAUUCAUACUGUGUAGUUUGGUAUUUUCUGAAGCAGAAUGGGCGCUUUGACGUAAUCGUCCUCAGCCUCUUAUAUUGAAAGCAACAUGUUAUUGAUUUGUUUUUUGAAAGCUCUCUUGGGGAGUGUUAUUGGAAUUAUUAUUUUUCAUUUAAUCUUUGUCUUAUUAAUUUUCUUUUACUCUAAUUAUUCAGGAUCAUGAGUAAUUAAGGCUAAGAGACAAAGGAAAUUUUAAGAAAAAUUGAGUUGAAACCAUUUUAACCUGACUGAUUCAUUACAUAUUUUAUAACAGGCCAGUUCAAGCUCUUCCUCUCUCCCUACAUCACCAUCAUCCUCUCAACCUAUUAAAAAGAAAAAACCAGAAGAUUUCAAGUUUGGAAAAAUUCUAGGAGAAGGCUCAUUUUCUACUGUAAGUUGUUUUUGCGGUUCUUUCUAAUACUCUUACAUAUUUUGUUCCUUUUUUACUAGCUGGAGUAAGGUACUGGAUGAAGUGUAAUACUGAUUUUUUAGUUGUUUGUUAAUCUGUUCUUAACUUUGCUUGUAAAGUAUUGUAAAGAUUUCAGACUUUAAUUUGUAAUAAUUAUUUUGGAAAAUUUCUGUGCAUGGAUACUUGUAUAUCCCCUCUAUGGAAUUAGACCUUAAGACCCGUCAUCUAAUCCCUCCCAAAAUUCCAAUCAAGCUUCAUGGUUGGGUAUGACAGGGUCGGGAGCCUAGGAGAGGAAUGGGAAGCGAGAGAGGAAAGGGCUAGAGGUGAGAGUUCUAAAAAGGUCAGAAGUGGGAGAAACAGGGAAAAUAGGCUCUUUGCAUGACUUGAUCACGUGAUCAACUUUCAGUAAAACAUGAAAACAGUUUACUUUUGAAAAAUUUUGUUAGCACGAGUUGAAAGUGCAUAUUAAAAUUAGGUAACCUGAGAAUUUUCAGCCGUAUAUCUCAAAAGUAGCGAUUGCAACGGCCGCCAAAAGUUAGUAGCAUUUGUGUGAGAAAAACAACUGUUGCCAUCCAGUCACGCUUGCAUGGUUUUCCAUACAAAUCGUUGUAAAUUCUAAAAUUUUAAAACUGUGGUUUAAUCUUUCCCUUAUGCAUUUAAGAGCUUAAAUUGCCUGUUAUGAAUUAAAAAGAGUAUUAGGGAAACCAAUUGCACCAUCCAGUGGACAGUGAUUUAUCCAAUGCAUAGCGUUAUACACCUUUUGAACAACUGAGGCCAGGUGUAUAUAGCUGAUUCAAUAUAAAAGGUUUUGCAUUUUGGGAAUUGCACACGGGGCAGCUAUUGUUCGGUGGUCACUGAACGAAAUUACUGCAGUGAGUUCCGUAUACCUAAAUGCCCAAUGCCCAAUAAAGCAACCUUAAUUGUUGAAUCAGCUACUGUAUAAUUAUUAUACAUGAAUGUAGUCCCUCAGAGUCAUGGUGCAUGCAUUCUACUUGUAAAGGAUGCAGCUGUAAUACUUGGAGAUACAAUAGUAAAUACAAGUACCUGCAUUGUGCAGAUGGGUGCAAUAAAGGCGAUCUCCUGACCCGCUCUGUCGGCCUGUCACAGGUUGACUUUGAUUUUAAGUUAUUUUUUUUUAACCUAGGUUGAUUCUCAAUGUCCUUUGUCUUCUGGGGCAAGGAGACAAAGGGAAUCAGGAAUCAACACAGGUUAAAUCAAAAUUCACCUGAAAUCAAAUAUGAACUGUAACAGGUCCACCACUGUUCUAAAUAAUAUAGUUUUAUGACAACAGCUUUCCUCUGAUUUCUCAUCUUAGGUUUAUGUGGUUCGUGAAAUAAGCACAGGAAGAGAAUAUGCAAGUAAGUUGAGCUGAUUUGACUUGAAAUUAAUUUUUUACUAAUAAGUACAAAGACAAAGUAAUGACCCCAGUCUUCACCUUCAUUAAAAGGAAAAAAAUCAUUGUAAAUGUACUGCUGUUUAUGUACAAUGCAUAUGUUGCAGUUAUUUUUAUUAUUUGAGUUAAUUUUUGUUUCCCAUUGUUUUUGGGUAUGGAUAUGUAUGCUAAUGAAUUUGAAAUAAAGAAAAAAACAAAACGGAAAUAAAAAAUUAACUCCAACAUAAUAUCUGUUACACAGUUAAAAUAUUGUUAUUAUAUACAGGGUGUCCCAAAAGUUGGUUCCUCUACACUGUAAUUUCAUGCACUAUAACUUUAAAUCAACCAUGAAAUUUCUAGAAAUGUUUAUUAAUUUUCUCUGUUGAGUACAUGUAUUCAUAAUUUCAGUAACUUGCAUGCCCUUUUUGUUUUUUUAUCUAUCACAUUCUGUAGCCAUUGUGGCAUGGAGUGGGAUACUGUGUGUAAACCGACUGACCAUCCAUUUUUAGCUUUUUAUCGCCUGGUACGCAGGAGUCAGUUCAUUUAACCCCCAAACAAUAUUGUUUAGUUUAGUUUAGUUCAUCCAAAAAAGAUAAUCAUCCCGGCCCCCUUCCACAGCAAGGCUUUUGUACUUCUUUACAAAUUUGAGGCAAGCCAUUUUUGAGCAGAGGUAUUUUUUACCAUCUCAUGCUGAGGGGCCUCUUUUCAUGACCCUUUCUGGACUCGGCUUGCUAACUAUGUGAGAGCUUCCUUGUCGUUUCUCCUAGUUUGUAUCUAGCCUUCUUUAAAACUAUUUUAGCUGCUUUAUUCAAGACUUUUGGUCUUGCCAUUCAUUUCUUGCCUUCAAAACCUUUAUUUUUCCAUGAUCAUUUUACCACCCAACAAUCAGAUUUUUCCAGUUUUCUAGCAGUUUCUAAAACAGAAUGAGCCAGUAAAUUGAAGUAUACAUGCUAAUGCACUCACGCAGCUGCCUGAACAAUUUUGUGUUAAGGGCGUUUAUCUUUUGUGAUAAUUAUUCACAAAAAACCAAGGAAGGAGUUUGAGCAAUUUGGGCUAUUAAAUUCAAAAAAUAUGUGGCUGGAAAAUAUACUCAUGCACCUGCACCUUUAGUGCGGAAGUACACAAAUUGAAUAUUUGAGUCAAAAGGUGGCACAACAACUAUGAAAAUAGCAAAUUAGAUUGAAAGACACAACUUUUGUUCAAAUGAUUUGCUUACCAAGUCCAAUCGUACUGAAAUAAAGACUUAUAAAGUAUAGGAACAAACUUUUGGGACACCCUGUAAUAUAAUUUCAGCCUGUAACAUAUAGUUGCAGAUAUUUUUUUUUCUCAUUCCCCAGGUUAAAAAUCUUUAACCUGAUUCUCAAUUUCCUUUGUCUUUUAACCCUAAUUAUUCAUGAAUUAGGGCUAGGAGACAAAGGAAAUGGAGAAUCAACCUACUGGUAGGUUAAAAAUUUUUAACCUGAACUUCCAUGUAAUUUUGACCUGUAACAUAUACACUGCACAGGAAACCCAAAGGGGUGUCUUGCAAGAAUUUCUUGGACAUCAUCAGGACCUUGCAUUUCUACCUUAAUCUUUUUAGAGUGCCCACCCUGUGUUUGGGAGGUCAUAGGUUUGAAUCCUGUCUGGAACUCGGAGUUUUUCUUUGUCCCACACUCGUGACAUGCUGUUUAUUUCAUUGUCACUGUCUUAUUCUUCUUGUUGCAAGAAUUUCUCAAAUCAAUUUCCAAAACUUGCUAAACUUAAGUUGCACAAAAAUUAAAAUUGCUAAAUUAUUUUUAUAUUCUAUCAGUCAAGGCAAUACAGAUUUAGCGUCUGUUUUGGGUCAUGGACAUUUUGAAUGUUUUAAACUCGGUGUUCUUGUUUUUGCUAAAUUUCUCUGUGCUGUAUUUAUCAGUCCAUUUCCCCCUCAUUCACAUUGCCUUUUUUAUUGUCCUCUGAUUUUAAAUCAGUUUUCAUUAAACGUUUUUUUGUAGUGUUUGAACAUUCAUCUGUGAUCCAAUAAACUGCAUUUCUUUGAGGAUAAGAAGGAGAAUUUUGCAUCAUGAACUCACUGGCAAAUGUUCACUUUGUAACCAAAUUGUCUUUUAGUUUAUAAGAUUGAAGACACAAAGAGGUCAUAAAAUUUAAUAAACUUUGGUUCAGUUUUAUUUCAAAAUACCUUUAUGAAAACCUUGAUGUCAUCUUUAGAGUCAACUGAACUAAUAAUCUUGCACAGACUGUUACAGUUAAUGUAAAUGUUCACACAUUUGAUUCCUUUCUUCAUUCACAGUGAAAGUUUUAGAAAAGAGGCAUAUGAUACGAGAGAAGAAGGUCCAAUAUGUGUCAAGAGAGAAAGAAGUGUUAAGCAAAUUGAACCAUCCUUUCUUUGUUAGACUGUACUUUACUUUCCAGGAUAAAGAAAAGUUAUGUAUCCUUUUAUACCAAGAGCAUAGUGUGAGAUUUUCUGUAAUAGCAAUAAAAUAAAUAAUAACUCAGCUAAGUGGUCAGGGAUUCAGAAUUAUUUGAAACAUGUAUGUCUUGCUGUGAUUACCACCUCAAAUAUUUAUGGUGGAAAGCCAGGAUCAACCCUGAUCAUGCUAUUUAACAGCCAGCUGGUCUGUCUUGUCUGCUUCCCAUUGGAUAGUGUUCUAGUUGUUGUAAACAUUCACUUACAGUGCAACCAGGAAAACCUUGAACACUUGAAAUAUUUCAGGAAUGUUUAUUGUGUUAUGACCAAUCACAGCAAAGUUAAGAACGUGUGAACUUGCCACAAAACCACAAACUAAUUAACGUUCUUGCUUGUGGUUUACAAUGUAGUUUUCUCAUGCCUGAUUGGCUUAUUUCUUGCAACCCAAUAACAUUCCAGAAAUAUUUCUGUUGUUCAUGGUUUUCCCAGUUUGACUGUAAACUUCUUUAGUUGUUGUUAUCUGUUUGUCUGUCUUAGCUGACAUUCCAGUUUGUAAAUUGAUUUUAUCAAUAAUCUGUAUACCACAAACUUUCUCCCAUCAACAUUUCUAUAGCCCUGAACUUUUAACGUGAUUAACUACAUUGUAUUCUUGACAUUCAUACUUUGAUAAAAGUUGACAUUAUAUUUUAAUAGUUUACCAUUCCAUUCCUUAGCUUUGCUUUAAACAGAUUUUGGCUUAAGCUAUGCCAAAAAAGGAGAACUGCUGCCUUACAUAAUUAAGGUAUUUAGAUCUUGGCUUCUGAUAUUUCGCGGAAAAAAAAGCAAAAUUUCGCGGGAUUUUCAAGGGGAAAUUCGCGGAAAAUCGGCUAAUUUCGCGGGAAAAAAAGUCAAAAUUCGCGGAGAAAUCGGCCGAUUUUGCGGGAUUUUCGCGGGAGAAAAGUCAAAAUUCGCAGAAAAAUCGGCCGAUUUUGCGGGAUUUUCAGGGGCAAAUUGUUAGAAAAAUCGGCCGAUGUCACGGGAAAUUUCGGGGGGAAACUUCGCCAAGAAACAAUCAGUAAAAAACAGCCGAUUUCGCUUGAUUUUUGGGGGAAAAUUUCGCUAAAAUCGAUCAAUUUUGCUUCAUCAUGACCAGCGUUGUUUAACGUUUUUUUUUAAACAGGGAUAGUCAUUUGCUCUUUUAACAACAGUUCGCUCGAGAAAUGAGCGAAUGCUAAAGCUAUUAACAUUUUGGUUAGUGCCCAGUUUUUCGCAACGUUCGUCUAAAAACGCCUGCAAAACGCCUGGUAGUUUUGGGACAUUGUUUACUCGUUGCAGUGACGAAGUUUCAAGAUAAAUUUGGACGUUUGGGGUGAAUAAAACAGGUCUAAUAGCCAAGAUAAGUAUUAAAUAUGUUUUGCCGACAUGUAUUUGGAAAUAUUUCUGGCGGAUUUCGCGGUAUUUCGCGUUUUUUUGGGAAUUUCGAGGGAUUUCGCGGAAAUACCUGAAUUUCGCGGGUCCGCGGCCGCGCGAAAUAUCAGAAGCCCUGGUCUUAUUAAUGGUAUAAAAGGUUCCACCAAGUUAACUAGCUGCUAUGAUUAUUUUAAUACGACUGAAAACUAGGUACAUCCUGUAAAUUUAUUACACAAUGUAUGGACAUUAAUCGACCUCAAUGUCCAUACAGUUUGACCUAAGCAUGGAAGUGAGUCCUACGGGCCACCAGAUUUCCCGCAAACUUCAAAAAAAGUAAAUAGGCCAGCAAAAACAAGAACAAUUUCUGAUUUAGAGAUCAAGAAUUAACCCCAAAAGAUAUUCCUGAAGCAGUAUAGUGUUGAAUGAACGUGUGUUGGAAAGUGGACAGGAAAGGAUCCUUCAGAAAUACAUGAAAUGUCAAGUCUUUCCUAUUAUCGAAAUGAUUAUUAGAAAGUGCAGCAGCAACAGUUGUAGGAUGCACUUCUUCCUUUUUUUUACAAUUUCAAUUUGGCCCUUAGGCCUAGCUUUCAUGCUAGUGUGUAUUUUGUUGUGACUUAACUUUAAAUCAGGACUGUCACUUAGAUUUAUCCUUGCUGGGUAUAAUUCUUGUGGGUCUAUGUUCCUAAUUGUUUUGUUUUACUACAAAAGUAUGCAGGGAUCAUGCUUAUUAGUUGCUGGGGGAAAACCCUAUGCCCCUGCCCCUUAUAGUGACAGCACUGUUAAUCAGUUGCACCAUAUUAAUUUUCAUCCACUGACUGUAAGAUUUGAACUUCUUUAAAACUUUACGUUCUGUUGUUCAAAGAGAAAUCCUUUUUAGCAAGGUGUGAGAUCCUUUGAGGGAUGUCUCUUUUAUGAAAAUAAAAUUUACUGUUGAAACAAUCUGUUUCUUUGAUUUCAUAUACAUGUAAUUUUAUAUCUAUUCAGUUAGUGUAUUAAAAGAGUCAGACUUGUCACAUACAUCUAUCAUCAUCUUAUUCAUUUUGCAUCUUGUUCUCUAGCUUGGCUCCUUUGAUCUCAACUGCACAAGAUUCUAUUCAGCAGAAGUAGUGUCAGCUUUAGAACAUCUUCAUGGGCUAGGAAUAAUUCACAGGUAAAAUUUAUACAAUGUAUAUAGAAAGGUAAAGGCUGUCUGACAAGUAUAGGUUUUUAAUGCAGAAAAUAAUCAGUACGGUUUAUUUCAUUUGUCCCUCAACAACUUGUAAGCUAUGAAAUUUGUUGAUUCAUAGAAAAAACUAAAAUUUUUUAACUACUUGCAUUUAAAAGUCAAAGUAUGCCAGAACUUGCAGUGGAAACGUUCUCAGUCAGCUGAAAAUCUCCACUGACCCUCUCAUUCCCUUGAUCAUCUCAAUUUUUAGCUAAUUUGAAUCCUGUGACUCACUAUUUUUGGUUUUCCUUGGAGUUUGAGUCACUGUGUUCUAAUGAUGGUACUGGAAAUUUUGAUUUGGUCAGCACAGUGAGUCAGAUGACUAACAGGUAUUUAUUAACCUUUUCAUAGGGACUUGAAACCUGAAAAUAUACUCCUAGAUGCAGACAUGCAUAUCAAGAUAACAGACUUUGGGACAGCAAAGAUCUUAAGUAGUGCUGAUGUGAACGUGAAAAGUAAGUUCAGAGGACUUAGUCCAGGAUGCUACGUUCAGUGUGCAGUUGGUGCUCACCUUACAACCACUCUCAUAAAUAACCAGUUCUAAUUAUUACCAGCAUUGCAAAACCCUAUUUGAGCUGUGCCUUAAACUCUGUAAUGAAAAGCUUUCAUGAGCAACUGCACUCAAUACCCAUAAGUUUAUCACAUGAUUGCUUAUCAUAUCAGAGCCCAUUCUCGUAAAUGACCUGCAGCCCUAGUUGCGACUGCCCUCAUAGAUUCCCAAGGUGGUUGAUUCUGAGAGCUUUAAUUUGACUGUAUUUGGGUAUAAUAAUAACCCCCCCGCCCCCCCAACCCCCCCCCCAAAAAAAAAACCAGCACUGGUCAAAACCCAGACCCAAAAAGAAAAGCAGUUUUUGCCUCUGCAAUAAAAUCAAAUUGCCCACCCAUAAAUCACGACAAAAUUGCUGACUGCCCGGCGUCCACAGAUCUCAAACUAUAUCCCCUCCCCAAAAGUCAACACACCUUGUUGUCGUUAUUUUACCUGAGUAUCCCCCCCCCACCUCCCAACUCCAAGGCUAGCGUUGAAUUCUAUUGUAAGACUGCAGGGUUUUUUAUCUCAUUAUUCUGGCCAUUUGAUCUCAUCAGCAAGUAAUAAUACCAAAUUGUUUGUAACUUGUACUCUUGCAGCCAGAAAUUCAUUUGUAGGUACAGCUCAGUAUGUUUCACCAGAGCUUUUAACAGACAAGAGAGCAGUUAAGAGGUAUUGAACUCACUUAGCUUGCUAAUAGCUAGUGUUUUGUUGAGGAGGGGCAAAAGGUCUUUUUACCGAUACGGCGGCCAUAUUGAAUUUAUUAGAUUUAAGGAGCGUUAUGGGAUGCACAGGGGGCAAGAACACAAUCCGACAUACUCGCUCAGUAUUUACGCGCGCUUUUCGGGCCAAUUUUUCUUUAAGUUUUCCUAGAAAAAAAGAUCGUUGUGCCGUGUUUGGAUGUAAUAAUGAUCGCACCGAGAAAUAAACAGUUAAGUUCUCUUUUUGCCCGAAAAGCGCGCGUAAAAACUGAGUAAGUGCCCCCUGGGCAUCCCAUAAUACUCCUUAACUCUAAUGAAUUCAAUAUGGCCGCCGUAUCGGUAAAAAGGUCUAUUAGGGAGGGUAGUGCAAGCGAUUGACGAAAGGCGCGAACUUGCACGCAGCGUUGCGUGACAUCCAAAAAACGGCUGCGAGGGAGACUACGAACUUGCACGCUCGCCAGACAAACCGCCAGCUACGCAGGCUGUACUUUAUACUUAUACAGCCAAAGCAGUUUCCACUUUCACAACUUUCACUGCGUUUGAGUCUAUUAUGAAUAAUGUCAUUGAGUGCUGAUGUAUUGUCAUUUAUUGAAUGGCAAAAAAGAGGUGCAAAAAUAUUCAUUGAGCUUGCCCAUACAAAUCAUCCAUUAUCACGAAAAAAUAAAACCAGUGUUUGAAUAUGUAUUGCUUUACCACCGUUCUGCAGCUGGAGAAAUUUUUUAGCUCAUUUUCUCUUUCUAUCGUCGUCGACAUAUAGUACAGUAUAAUCUGCAUAGUGUGGUAUAAACGUUGUUACAUAUUUUACCUGAACAUAGUCCCAUUGUCUUAGAAUGUGUGAUAUACAGAAGCAUGCACAGUGUAAUUGAAGUCCCUUUCUUAAUUUUUUCUUGCAGCUCAGACCUGUGGGCUUUAGGUUGUAUUAUUUAUCAACUUCUUUCUGGCCUGCCACCAUUUAGAGCCAGGUAAAUAAAUGGUUUACAAAAAUCUAUACUUUGUGUACCGCCCUUCUCCGAAUUCCUCAGUUUCAAUUUUACAGAUGACAACAAAAUAGCAAGCAAACAAAUGCAACAAAACGGAAAAAUGUCAAUGUACAGUAAGCGCGAUGAUUUCAAGGUGUGUGGGGGGAGGGGGGCGGAUUUUAAUAAAGCCUCGGACAAUUAGAUCCUUGUAGAGUUUGAGAUUCCCCUUAUUUUUCUCAAACUUUAACAAUUUAUUUUAUUCUCUCCUAACGUUUUUUCUGCUGUUAAAAAUUCACAUAGAACUUUUGCGUUUUUGGGUGGAUAUGAUGAGCAACAUGCAUGGCUGACCACUGUUUUUACUUUCACUUUAGCUUCAUGAGUGCAAAACAGGAACAGUUGAAACAUUUUUAUGACUUUGAUUCCUUUUUCUCAACAGUAACGAAUAUCAAAUAUUUAAGAAGAUUAUUGCUCUAGAUUAUGAAUUUCCAAGCGGUUUUCCUGAUAUUCCAAAGGGUCUUGUUGAGAGUUUAUUGGUAAGUAUGUUCUCCGGAUUCCUCCGGUCCCCGGUGUUUCAGUAAUAUGGGCAUCCCCGCCUUUGGGCAUCCCCAUUCCAAAAACCCUAGUGAUAUGGGCAUCCCCUUUAACCCUAACCCAAAGUCUAACCAACUGAAUUGCUAAGGUAAUAAAGGGAUACCCAUAUCACUAGGGUUUCGGGAAUGGGUAAGCCCAUAUCACUGUAACACCAGUACUUAGCCGAGAAGUUGACAUUCUCAGUCUCCCUGUGGAAAUAAAUUAAUUGACUUAUACACCCACGGUUGUAGUAAUCGGUUAAUCCCCCAGCGUGACGACCUUCGUGCGUUGUUGACAUGUUAGAGGCUAUGUUCACGCUAUACCGGCUACUGAGCUUUUCGUGCCGACACAAAAAUCUAUCCAGUAUAGUACGUAUGAACAGCAACGGCACGGCAGUAUUGGAACAUGUCGUUAGGUUUUCGCACAUCAAACAUCGUACCUGAGCGGUUGGCCGAGAAGGUCUGGUUCUAUAAAUCCCAGUCCUUACUUUUGAAUAUAUUUACUUCCGUCUCAGUGGGUUCCAGUCCUCUUUCCUUCUUAUUUCCUUCCGCUAUGGUCCGAAUACCCGUCUACACUGCACCAAGGUGUAGCGCAGAACUUCCCCCCGGCCUCCCGGAAGCAGAACCUAUCCGAUGUGUUACGAUCCACUUCCGAGAUUAGCACGACGCAGCUUUGCUCCGUUACAGAAAUAGCAGCCAAAUCAGCGUUCUUAUGUGUAGCAAAAGCCUUAUCCGGUCUGAUAUUCGUGCCUGCGCAGAAGCUACACGUUAUAGUGUGAACAUAACAGCCUGAAUUUGAAUGUGAACGCGACAGAAUGCUUUCCUUUCACUUAAUACGGCGUCGCUGAUUGCCAAGAAGAAAAGCUGUACUCAAAGCACUUGUAUAUAUCUCAUUGAUUUGUGCUAUUUCUUUUAUUUGGAGAAUAAUCGAAAAUACUACUUUUAGGUGCUGGAUCCUACAAAAAGGCUCGGUUGUGAUGAAUGUGGAGGAUUUUCAUCGCUGAAGAGUCACGAAUUUUAUGAAGGUACUGUUGAAAAGUAAGACUGCUUAGUCUGUUCUCAACACUGAACAGGAAUCUGUAGCCGGGCAGUGGAGCUAAUAGGUACAACUCCACAACCGAAUGUCCGAAACGUACUAACUUGGGAUGCUGCACAUUACCGCUGGUGCAUUUGUCCAUCUUGACAGACACGCGCUAUCUUCCUGCUCUCCGUCUCGUCUAGUAAGUGCCUUUUGUCUUCUUCAGUUGCACCCCAAUCCGUCCCCAACCCACAGCUAAAGCGAAUCGGAACGAUCGUAGAUGCACGGCUCCCCCCAUGCAGUAAUGAUGGUAUUCUGUUACUUAUACUUAUUUCUUAUUCAGGAACUGAUUGGGAAAACCUACCGAACACCAAACCACCUGAUUUACUUCCUUAUCUCCCGUCAACGAGCAAUGAUCGGGAAGGAUUACGCAGCAAAUACAGGGUAAGGAGAAAAGAACACUUGUUUCCAUAUCUCAAACCGCCCUUGGAUACCUUAUGAUGCCUACAAAAGGUUAUGUGUUUUAUUGGAAUGAGCACUGACCAUAUUGUUUAGGGUUAAGCACUGAAAAUUGUGAUUACGGUUAAGCGCUGACCUUACUGAUUACGGUUAAGCCCUGACGCGAAACGGUUAGCUUCUAUUUACUGUUAUGAUUAUUGUUAUAGCUACAAAUCCGCAUGGAGUAUUGGUAAACGGGAUCGAUUCUCACCCACGCCAUUCGGAAUUUUUUUCCUUAAAAAUUGAAGAGACUUACUGUCGUGAACAUUUGUCCAGCAAAAAUUUCGAAGAAACUUAGAAAUUUCUUGUCAGUGUAAGUGAGAGGGAAAGGGCGGUUUGAGAUAAGGAAACAAGGGCUAACCGGUGAUUUGUAAGGCUAUUUCCUGUUUAUUUCUCGCCCCAAUCAGAAAUUACACCGAAACCAGUGUUGAUUUGAGCGCACGCGGUUUCCCGAAUUUUCAGUUGCCGGCCGUUUGUCCUCCUUUUUGAAUUGUUCUCCAGUCUAAAAUUGUUCAUUUUGUAAGACGAAAAGAUCCAACAUCAACUAAAUUACAAACCAUCCCGUAGGUAAGCUGUUCAGUUCUGAUGUUGAAUUGAUUAAUAGUUCAGCAUACAUUCACAUGUGAAGAAGAUUUUCUUUUUACCCAUUUUGCUCUUGUCUUUGUUUUUUUACUUCGGUUAGGUCGACACCAUCUUGAUAAAAAUGCAUUUUUAGAUCAGUUUUUUUGUGUGUAAAUUGAAGCAGGUACAAAAAACGCUAAGAUACACGCAAAUGGCAUCAAUAAAGGAAGCUUUUCUAAAACAAGAAACAACGAAACUAAUUUUUGAGUCCGUGAACGAAACCAAAUAAGUGUUUGACCUUUCAAAUAAAAAUGAAAAACUUUUAGUAUUUUUAAAAUUUAAAGUCGUUUUUCUUUAAAGAUCAUUAAAGGAAACUCUUUUUCAGAACCAUAUGGAACUCUGUCCCUUUACAGGUUAGUCUUAACAGCGAAAGUGAUGAUGAGUUUGACGAACAGCUCUUGAAAAGAGUCGGCUUAUCUGACGAUGACUCAAUACUGGAUUCAAGGAGGAAUGUCCUUGAUCUGACAGAUACCGAGAGAGAGGAGAGACUAGCAAAACAGGAAAAAGAAUCACCAUGGUAAGCCUGUUAGAGGUAUUUUCGUAUGACCUUGAAACGACGCGCGUUUGUAUCCGUUCUAUAAACCAAUCAAAUCGCUCUAUCUCCGUCCAUUUGUAGUUUCGGUUUUGUUCGCGCGUUUUCAUUUCAAGGUCAUUCGAAAUUCGCUCUAUUUAGAGCGUUUCACUGGUUGUUUACCAUUUACACGGGCAAACCGGUCGGUACACGGUUUGAGUUAAUGGUAAGAGAAAUUCAAGACUGAUAAAUUUCGUCCCGGAAUCGUGUUUACCAUUUGCACAAAUCAAUCCCAUUUACCAAAAAAACCAAAGGUGGCUUUGAAGAACAUGAAUUUCCUUUUGGAUCCCGAUCGUGAAAUCAGGACUACCUUUUCACGCGUUCCGUUGCUGCUGGAAAUUUUCCACUGAGACGAUCUCAAACGUCGUGUUACAGAUUUUUUCCAACAGGAUUUUCCGAAAACGUUUUGUAAUCACGGGUAAACAACAACUGCCAACAUGGUCAAGUGUCGAAACGAAUUCGCGUUUGUUUUACUCUUGUAUUGCUCCACUCCACCACUCGCGCUAUUUUCCCAACCAAUCAGAAGUAAGUUCAAAGCCGCACGUGGCUUGGUACUCGCUAUUUGUGUUUUGUUCAGAUGUGAUUGGCUCAUGUGUUUGUCUGCUUUUAUUGCAAUAGAUCGUUUUACACUUGUGCGCUUAGUGUCCUAGCCUUUGAGGGAACGCGAGGCUGAGGUUGACCUUGUUUUGAUACAAGCCUCCUUCCUUUUCUUAUGAAAAUUAUACUUAAAAAUACUAGUUAGCACAAGAAGAACACGAUUUACAAAGUAUAGCAAAGAUCAAAACAAGAUCAACUCCAGCAUCGUUUCCACCUAUAACUGUGAAUGUGCUAUUAUCAAGCUUUUGACUUUCCUUCUGGUUUUUACCCUAUGACGCUCUCUAUUUCCGAUCCCAUAUAGAGCGGUUUUCACUUGACUGUCGUAAGGGAUUGGUUUUGGUUUUGGUUUUGGUUUUACUACGCCCUUUGGUUGGCUAGUGUAUUUAAUUUGUUUUUGGUUUUACGACAGUCAGGUGAAAACCGCUAUAAAACAUGUAACUGGGAAGUUUCACGUUGCAGUCGUGCGAAACAGCGGCAAAGAAAUGUACAAAAACUGUGCUGCACGUGCUAAGUUCUUGUUUUUUUGGCGAUUAGACCGUAUUGAUUUUUUUUGCCGUUCUCGUUGUUGUCGCUAUUUAGCACUACACGAUUUUAAUUUUGUUUGAGUAUAAAACGAUAAGUAUAUUAACGAGAGCUUCGCUUUUAGCCCUGUCUAAUCAAUCAAUCAAUCAUUUAUUUUAACACGUUGCGUCAAAGAGCUUAAAAACUUGUUCAAAAUACGAACGUGUAUAAACAAAAUCUAUAAUAAUUACAACUAUAUGAUAUUAUUCAAUUUUAAAAACAACUCAGUAAAUAGAUACAUAUAAAAACCUUGGUAUUAAAAACAUAAAAUAUAAAAAGCUAAAACCGACUAAAAAGCCACAUACUAGAAACGUGACUAGGAAAACUAUAAUACUCGUUCUAAAAACAGUUGAACAGUAUAUUGGUCACUUAAAGAUCAACCUUAGCUUGACGAUUGCGGCAGUCCAGAUUAUAAAAACCCAACGGUUGUUUUUGUUGUUUUGUUUCUCUACAGGCAUCAGUUCGUUGAGAAUAAUCUCAUCCUUAAGACUGGCUUAGUUGACAAGAGAAAGGUUAGUCAGUUGUAUGCGGGUUUAGGUUGCAUCAUGGACUUUGCUAGGGUUGAGCCCUAUUUUUUUGUAAAUCCGUUGAGCCUUUUCUUCGAGGUCUGGUUAUGAUAACAUCAAACCAUACUCCAAAAAAUCUGUAGUAUUUUGUUCGUAAAAUCGUUGCCUGAAAUUUAAAAUCCUGGAUUUGCUCUAAUCGGCUUUUUAGUAACCGUAAUUUUAUAUUCCUCAACCUCGUUCCCAGGGCCGGUCGAGUAGGAGAGGAACAGGAGAUACAGUAAAAACCCGCGAGUAAGAACCUACAUUUUCUGGAGUUAGCAUAAGCAGGUUCUUAUUUAAACAGUAGUUAACACAAUUUUAGGCUAUUUAGGUUCUUAAAUAGGUUCUUAUUUCUGUAAAAAAAAAAACAAAAAAAAAAAAACAAGCUACAAAACAAGAUGGUAAUCUGCGUAUUUUUCAGUUUCAAAAUGCGAUACAACAAUAUUAACCUCUUGCACUUUAUUUUUUUAAUUACAUCGAUAAAUUAGUGCUUUUAUUUGCACAGCAAUGCCAAGCUCCUAAUUCUCCAAACAGGAUUCUUGCACAGCUUUGCAGCUGCAUUUCACUAAUUUGACUUUCAUUUUCUAGGCUAAACAGGCUCUUGUUUAUAGGGGGUAUAAAUGACUAAUUUUAGGCUAACAGGUUCUUAAUUUUCAGGUUCUUACUUGCGGGUUUUUACUGUACACAACCUAUUCUAUGCCCCGACAAAAAAACCAUAAAGGCUGAGAAGUAAUCCUUGAUCAGUUUUUCCAGAUCAUUUUGGUCAUCAUUUUAAAAAUACCACUAUCAAUGUUUUUUACAAUUAUUUUGUCUCUUUGCCGUACGUUAGAACUUUGAGACAAAGAGCAACCUUCUUCCCUGUUUUGUAGGGCCUAUUUCCUCGUACAAGACAGCUGAUUCUAACAGAGGGUCCGCGUUUGUAUUACGUUGAUGCUGCUGCAAUGGUUCUUAAGGGAGAGAUUCCUUGGUAAAGUUUAUUAGUCAAAUGUUAUACUAUGUAUUUCAAGCAGGCUUCAACGACAUUCGAACCCAUCGCCUCUGCGUUGGUACUGCAGUACUCUGCCUACUGAGCUAUGAAGACUAAUGCAUUGCGAGCAGUCUGAUUUGUUGAGUUCAUCCUAACCUGUGAAAGAAAUGAAGCACACAAUGAAGAUGUUGUGAACUGCGGAAUUACAAAUCUAAAUAAAGAUUAACAAUCGCGGUUGUAAUCAUAAUUUAAGCAAUUGCAAAUGAAGCAAAUUAAGCCCAUUUAUUCCUUUAUCCAUGUCUUACUAUUGACGGUAAGCUAUAAAAUAGUUCUUUCUUUUUCAGGACAAAAGACCUCCGACCUGAAGCCAAGAACUUUGAAGUUUUCUUUGUUCACACGGUAAUUCAGACACCCAAGUCUUCUACUUUUAUUUGUGAUUAAAUUUAAGACAAACCAUGAACGGUGAAACGCUCAUACGUUUAUGAGCGUCAUACGUUUAGAGAGAAAUCUUCUCGACCAUGAGAGAGAGAUACACCUUGUAACAUACAUCGAUAUUUACUUUCAGCCGAAACGGAUUUACUAUUUGGAAGAUCAUACGGGACAUGCCAAUGAAUGGGUGAAGAAGAUCGAGGAAGUUCAUCGUGCUUACUUUGGAGAUUCAACACAUCUGUAAAUACGUGAACAAUUUUGCCGAUCUUUGGAAAGGCUACAUUCAGCCAUUCCUUAGACAUAUGUAGCCUGUUCAAGGCUCCAAGAUAGUAAUGUGCAGAGAUCGUGAAAACCAGCGCCGAAAACGCACGGGGGCUGGAGAGAGAAAAGGCAGAUCGACUAUCUGAGAGCCUGGCACAGAUGACGCAACGACUUCCACCAAAAGCAACCUACUCAACUAGAGCAGCUGUUAACGUUAACUGUCUGAUUUUAAAAGUUAUGUGCGCAUUUAAUAGGUCUUGUCUGUUCAUGCGCGAUCGUGAGCCUUACUCGGAGUGGUUUCUUUGUUGCUUGGUUGAAGAACGUGAUAGCCACUGUUUUGAAUGACUAUCAAUUUUACCCCUCAUUUCAAUAAAAGACAAUGUUUCUAUAUCAUUAUUAAUUAUGUAAACACUUGUAAACACGUCUCGUAUAUUUCAUUCAUUGCUCUCUUUCUUAAUUAAUAAAUAAAUGUAAUCAUAUUUAAGUUCAAAAUUGAUUUGUCUCCAGAACUGAUCUUCGUACAGAUCAGUGAAAGGCGAGCAUCUCUAAUGGGUGUUUGUCACAUGUUUGUCUAAGUAGGUUUUUCUUAUCAUAUUGCUUAUUUCAAGUUUUUAAAGUGAAAACAACGUGG